GCUCUUUGACGACGCCGGGUGCAGUGAAAUGGCGGCGGUUAGGGCGAAAGUGGUGCUGAAAGCGGUGAAAGAUAUCAGCGUGCAGUUUUGUCCUUUCCAGUCCAAUGUCCGAAGUGCCAGAGAGUUUCUUGCUGCAAUAGGAACAGAAAAGGCACGUCAAACAAACUCCAACUGUCGGAUCGUAGCUGAUGUAAGGCAUGAUGAGACAGAGCCUGUAAUAACUGUAACAUUCAAUGAUGGAGAAAACUUGAUAAUGAAGUCAGCAAACUUGACAAACAGAGAGAUGCUAUCAUUUUUCAAUGAGAGGUGUAUUGCCAAAGACCCCAAGGCAGAAGAGGCGGGACAAAAAAAAGCUAACUAAGUUACAUUAACAUCUGUGAUAAUGUUUUCACUGGAAAUUCAAGCCUGAUGAAGUGACAAAGACUUUGUAUUUGUUUAAUUUAAAGCUGCAGCUAAAGCAUUUACGUAAUAUACUGUCCAGUACAAUGAAGCUCCUUUCAGUUCAUCAUUCAAUGGAAUUCUGAGUCAUGAUUUUAGAAUUUAUGUCCUUCAAAGCUGUGUCCAAUAGGAUCUGGAUUAAGUAGGAAUUUGAAAAUUUGUAAUAACUCGGCAACUGCUAGCAGAACACCCUAUUGUGAAUAGUGACAUAUAUAAUCCUUAUUGUACAUAUUGACUACAAUAAAACAUUUUGUCUUGGUUAUGAUUACUCAAUUUCUUUAGUGAUCACUAUUUUCAUAUUUGACUUAUGGCAUUGUUUUAUAUAUAGAAAACAUAGAAAAUAGGUGCAGGAGUAGGCCAUUCGGCCCUUCGAGCCUGCACCGCCAUUUAUUAUGAUCAUGGCUGAUCAUCCAACUCAGAACCCCACUCCAGCCUUCCCUCCAUACCCCCUGAUCCCCGUAGCCACAAGGGCCAUAUCUAACUCCCUCUUAAAUAUAGCCAAUGAACUGGCCUCAACUGUUUCCUGUGGCAGAAAAUUCCACAGAUUCACCACUCUCUGUGUGAAGAAGUUUUUCCUAAUCUUGGUCCUAAAAGGCUUCCCCUUUAUCCUCAAACUGUGACCCCUCGUUCUGGACUUCUCCAACAUCGGGAACAAUCUUCCUGCAUCUAGCCUGUCCAAUCCUUCUAGGAUUUUAUACGUUUCAAUCAGAUCCCCCCUCGAUCUUCUAAAUUCCAACGAGUACAAGCCCAGUUCAUCCAGUCUUUCUUCAUAUGAAAGUCCUGCCAUCCCAGGAAUCAAUCUGGUGAACCUUCUUUGUACUCCCUCUAUGGCAAGGAUGUCUUUCCUCAGAUUAGGGGACCAAAACUGCACACAAUACUCCAGGUGUGGUCUCACCAAGGCCUUGUACAACUGCAGUAGUACCUCCCUGCUCCUGUACUCGAAUCCUCUCGCUAUAAAUGCCAGCAUACCAUUCGCCUUUUUCACCGCCUGCUGUACCUGCAUGCCCACUUUCAAUGACUGGUGUGUAAUGACACCCAGGUCUCGUUGCACCUCCCCUUUUCCUAAUCGGCCACCAUUCAGAUAAUAAUCUGUUUUCCUAUUUUUGCCACCAAAGUGGAUAACUUCACAUUUAUCCACAUUAAAUUGCAUCUGCCAUGAAUUUGCCCACUCACCCAACCUAUCCAAGUCACUCUGCAUCCUCUUAGCAUCCUUCUCACAGCUAACACUGCCACCCAGCUUCAUGUCAUCCGCAAACUUGGAGAUGCUGCAUUUAAUUCCCUCAUCCAAGUCAUUAAUAUAUAUAUAUGUAACAGAAAGUCUGAAAUAAGGCCAAGGAGAACAGAAAAGAUACCUACAGUGACAUAACCUGCUUUCGGAUUUGGAUUUUUAAAAAAAUGUGAAAUGUAUUAAUUUUAAGUAUUGUAAUUUUUUUAAACCUAAGACAUUCUUUCCAAUGAAUAAAAUUAGCAGUUUGCU